AUGGGCAAAGGUGGUAGCAAAUUGAAAACUACACAGAUUCGCGAUCUUGCCGAACAGACUUAUUGUAAGUUUUUUUUGGAUUUUUUUUUGUAGGAAUUUGAUUUUAUGAGAAAUCUUUCGAGUUUUUUUUCGAAUUUUCAGAAAAACAGAAAUUUUUUAGAGUUUCUGAAGUCUCAAAAUGAAAUUAGAUAUUUUUUAAUUGAUUUUCACAUUUUGAAGAUUCUUAAACUGUCUUGACAAUGCUGAAACAAUUUUCUGAAUUACCAAAAAAAUCAAUUUUUUUCAGAAAAAAUUAUUGAUUGGUUUUGUAAGCUUCCAGAAACUUUUUUGGCUCUCUAGGCUCUCUAGCCUCUCUAGGCUCUCUAGGCUCUCUAGGCUCUCUAGGCUCUCUAGGCUCUCUAGGCACUCUAGGCUCUCUAGGCUCUCUAGGCUCUCUAACCUCUCUAACCUCUCUAUUUUUCCAGUUACCGAAAAAGAGAUCAAACAAUGGUACAAAGGCUUUGUUCGCGACUGCCCGAACGGAAUGCUCACCGAAGCCGGCUUCCAAAAAAUCUACAAACAAUUCUUCCCACAAGGUGAUCCCUCAGAUUUCGCUUCAUUCGUCUUCAAAGUCUUUGACGAAAAUAAAGACGGCGCCAUCGAAUUUCACGAAUUCAUUCGAGCACUUUCGAUAACUUCACGCGGUAAUUUGGAUGAGAAAUUGCAUUGGGCUUUCAAAUUGUACGAUUUGGAUCAGGAUGGUUAUAUUACCAGGAAUGAGAUGUUAUCGAUUGUAGACUCAAUUUAUAAAAUGGUUGGGAGUAGUGUGAAAUUGCCGGAUGAUGAGAAUACGCCCGAGAAACGUGUAGAUCGAAUAUUUCGAAUGAUGGAUAAGGUUUGUAGACUUUUUUAAAGGAGCAGAUAGUUUUUUGACAUUCAAAAAGCCACGCCCCUUUUAGAAAAAUGUAUCGCAGUUGAAUAUGCUAAUUCUAAAUUGAAAAAACUUUUUCAAGCUACAGUAACCCUUGCAGUUUGAGUUAACUUAGAUACAGUAUAUCUUGCAGUUUUUGAUCUACAGUUACACGGACCACAAUAAUCCUUGUUUAGUAAUUUUGUACUACAGUAAUCCAUGUGUUUGAAAGCUAUAGUAACUCAAAGAUACAGUAAUAACCCUUUGCAGUUCAAAAUUAUUUAGAUACAGUAACCUUUGCAGUUUGGAAUAUUUGAAAUACACUAAUCUUUGCAAGUUACUGUAACUCAAAGAUACACACCCUGUCCAGUCUGAAAAACAGUAACAGUAAUCCUUGUAGUUCCCAACCUACAGUAACCUUCUGAUACAGUAUACCUCACAGUUUCUAAUUUACAGUAACUUUUUGCAGAACAACGAUGCUCAAUUAACAUUGGAUGAAUUCAAAGAGGGCGCCAAAGCGGAUCCAUCAAUUGUACACGCCCUUUCACUCUACGAAGGACUUUCCACAUAA